UUAAGAAAGCUCGGCCUGGCUAAUCACAAUUUGAGAAUCAAGUACUGUGACAAAAGGAUGUUAAAGCUAGAAUGUGAAAACUUAGGUCAAAAACUAGCGAUGCUGAGAAGGAAAGGCGAGCUGAAAGAAGUAGGAAUCUGGGUGGACGACGACCACACAGCACGUGAGAUUGAGAUUCAAAAGUGGUUGAGAUGGUUCGCAGGACAAGAAAGAAGCCAAAACAGAGAAGUAAAAGUGGGCUACUUAAAAAUAGCAAUGCAGGAUCAAGUAUGGGUGUUUAACGAGUUGGUGGGAGAUCUUGAACUGCAGCCCUUUCGUGGCUUCAGGAAAUAGAGAUGCAAGAGGCGGAAAGGGGUGUAAGGUGGUGACGUGGAAUGUUCACGGUGCUAGAGGAAUGUGUGCGGACAGGAGAGCGGUAAACUUUUUAUGUAAAUUCGACAUAAUAAUGAUACAGGAGACUUGGAUGAAGGCAGACCAGGCAAUCAAAUUGUUUAAUAAGACAUUUGUUGAGCAUAAGUGUUGGGCAAAGGGAGCGAUAAAGCACGGUAAUAGUAACAGAGGGCGGUUGUCUGGGGGUCAAGUGCUGAUGAUAAGAAGAAGCCAGUUUCGUGAAGCACAGGUGAGUGAGUGGGAAUAUGGUCUCGUAAUAAAAGCCAAAAAAGGCCUUGCAAUCAUAUCAGUGUACUUGAAUGAAGGUGUCGCUAAAGCAGAGCAAAAACUUAAAGAGGUGAUCGAGGAUUGUGCAAGUGGCUACGAAUUAGUAUUCAUUUGUGGUGACUUAAAUGCAAGAGUGGGGCAGGAGCAAGGCGAUGCCUUCGCAGACGAAGAAAGCUUACGAGCAAGGCCCAGAAGAUCCUCAGACAAAGUGCUGAACAGUGAAGGGAAAAGAGUACUAAAGAUAUGUGAGGAGCUAGGUCUAAUAUUAUUGAACGGACGUGUAGAUGGGGAUAUGGACGGAAAUGUGACAUACACUGGUGGCUAUGAAAUGUUUGAGGGGUCGGUAUUGGACCUAAUAUUUAUGGUAGACAGGAAUAAUAGUCAUGUAGUUAAAAAACUGGAAGUCAUAAAGAGAAUCGAGUCUGACCAUAUGCCUGUCACCUUUGUAUUUGAUGUUGGUGGGGAGAACGAAGGGGAUGAAGAGCUGGGAACUAUGAUAAGCACGGGAAAUAAAGUGAGCCGGAUUUAUUGGAAGACAGAAGCUAGUGAUAAAUUUCAAGAGGUAUUCGUGAGCAAAAUGCAGAACAUAAGCAAAGACUGGGAUUGGAGUGCAAUAAAAGAAAUAUUUUGGAGCACCGCUGACGAAGUUGGGCUAACCAGAAUAAAUCAAUCAGCUGGUGAUACGAACAGAGGUCCAAAGGUAAAAUCUCUGAUUUAUACUGAAGAUUGCAAGAAGUUAAGGAGUGAAGUGUGGAAGUUGCUCAACGAAUGGUUAAAAGACAGAAUUGCAGUGAAGAAAAAAUGUUAUAUAGAGUGCAGAAAAAAGUUACACAAGAUGAUCAGUGAAGGCAAAAGAAAAUGGUUGGAAGACAAAUGGAGAGAGCUGAGCAGGGCAAGAGGUAUGACUGAAUGGUGGGGAGCACUUAAUAAGUUUAGAGGGAAAACGAAAUCAGUAGUAGUUGGGGAUAUAAGUGAACAGCAAUGGGUGCAGUACUUCUGUGGCCUGCUUAAUUACAACAGGGGAGGAUCAACAGAGGUACGGGAGGUGUCACCAUGGAGUGUAGAAGCAGGUGAGAGUCUCAACUCGGUGGAUGAAGGCUUGGAUGAUGAUAUAGCAGGCUGGGAAGUGGCGGAGGCCUUGAAAAAGAUGGCAAGCGGGAAGGCGUCUGGGGAAGACGGCAUCCCGAUAGAAUGUUUGAAGCAGAUGAAUAAGCAUUUCGCUGAACUGUUGAAAGAAUGCUUAAACAGAAUAUGGAAUGAGGGUAUAUUGCCUCCAGGAUGGGAGAAAGCACAUAUCGUCCCAAUCUUUAAGGAAGGUGACGAAAAUAAACCGGAGAAUUACAGGGGCAUUUCACUCCUGGACUCGGGAUACAAACUGCUGACAUGUAUAAUGGCAGAAAGAUUGAACUGUUGGCUGGACAAAGAGAGAUUACUGAGAGAGAGUCAGGCAGGCUUCCGUAAGAAAAGGGGAACCAGAGACCACAUUUUUGUACUCAACGCACUAAUAAACAACAGACUGAAGGUAAAAAGAGGGAAAUUGUACGUGGCCUUCAUCGAUUUCAGAGCAGCAUUCGAUACCGUGGAUCGACAAAUUAUGCUGAAAAAAGUAUGGAGCAUUGGUGUAAGAGGAAAAUUUCAUAAGCUCAUAAGGGAGAUCUACAGAACAACAAAAGCAGAAGUCAAAGUGAAUGGUGUUGUUUCAGCGGAAUUUCUAUGCAGAGUUGGCGUUAGGCAGGGCUGUGCACUCAGCUCAGCUCUGUUUGACAUAUUUAUUGAUGAUAUAGAUGAAAUAUGGGAGAGAAAUAAAGAAGGUGGUACUGUGAUGGGCAAAGCAAAAGUAAGAGCACUGAAAUAUGCAGAUGAUAUAGCAAUAGUGGCUGAAAGUGGUGAGGAGCUGACCAAGAUGUUGAAAUCGUUGGAGAAGUAUGUUGACAAGAAUAGGCUAGAGGUUAACGUCAGGAAAACAAAGAUCAUGGUGUUUAAAAAUGGAGGUAGAAGUAAAGACAACGAGAAAUGGUACUUUAAGGAGAAUACUAUCGAGGUGGUGAAGGAAUUUAAAUAUUUAGGCUACUGGUUUACGGCGGCAAAUAAAGCGACAGUACAUAUGGAGAGAAUGGCGAGUAAAGCUCAAAAAGCUACAAACGCAACAUGGGGGCUGUUCAAGAGAGCUGGCAGAGACCUAAAAGGUGAAAGGAUAUAUCUGAUGGAAACAAUUGUCAGAGCCAUGGCGGUGUAUGGGGUAGAGAUAUGGGGACUUGGUAAGAUUGAGAGACUUCAAAAGGUGCAAAGCAGAUAUUGCAAGGCGAUUCUCGGCGUUGCUAGGAAUACGCCCAAGUAUAUUUGGAGAAAUGAGAUAGGAGUUAAAGAGAUAGAAUUCAUACUCAAAGAACGUGCCUGUAGAUAUUUAUGGGAAGUAUUAGAAAUGGACGAUGACCGCUGGCCGAAGAUAUGUUUACUCGAAGAGGUAAGAGGUAUAUUAAACAACAAAGAAUCAGCAUGGGGAAAAGCAUUUGCGGAGUUUUGCUAUGAAAUAGAGGAUACUGAGAUAAUUCAAGACAUAAGAAAUGGAGUUGCUGCGGGUGCGAUAGCAGCGCGAUUUGCCUGCGGUCUUGACAAACUGGAAAGAAGGUACAAAAAUAAAGAGUGGGAUCUAAUCCUGAGGUCCACAUAUAACCCCAUAUAUGCAAUUUUGAAGCCUGGUGACAAUGGUGCAGUGUAUUGGAACCAAAGAAUAAAAAACUCUAGGUAUAAAGAAAUCUGGGCCAGGAUCAGGUGUGGUAAUGUGGGAAGAGGUGGUAAAAAAGGCUGGAGGGACUGGUCAUGUAGGUUGUGUGGUUGGUGCAGUGAGACAUUAUGCCAUUUGUUGUGCUGUAGUGAAGCCAUUAGGCCACAAUCAGAAAAAAUAAAAAAAUUUUUAAUUAAAUGGAAGGGAGAUCAAGGCGAAUUGGAGAUUCAAAGUCUUAUUGUAGAAUUGCUCAAGGGAAACAUCUGUUUUGAGCUGUGCGAGUUUGUGGAAAAAGUAGAGUGUGAGUUGUAUGGAAGGCGGUGACUUAGGUUUGGAGGGAAGGGGAGCAUGUAGAGAAAUAAGAGUGAUUUUAGAUUAUGGAUGUAAAACUGCAACCCCCUUGCGUGCAGCAUAAUGUACAGUGCAAAAAAAAAA